AUGAUUGGAUCGUUUCUUACAAGAGGAUUGGUGAUGGUGUUGGGUUAUGCCUACCCUGCGUAUGAAUGCUACAAGACUGUUGAAAAGAAUAGGCCUGAAAUUGAGCAACUUCGCUUUUGGUGCCAGUACUGGAUAUUGGUCGCUUGCUUGACAGUUUUUGAGAGAGUUGGUGAUGCUUUUGUUUCAUGGGUUCCAAUGUACAGUGAAGCUAAGUUGGCAUUCUUCAUAUACCUGUGGUAUCCUAAAACCAGGGGCACGACAUAUGUCUAUGAGUCCUUCUUUAGGCCAUAUCUUUCACAGCAUGAGAAUGACAUAGACCAUAGUUUGUUGGAACUAAGGACAAAAGCUGGAGAUAUGGCAGUUAUAUACUGGCAACGAGUUGCAAGCUAUGGUCAGACCAGAAUCCUUGAGAUUUUGCAGUAUGUUGCUGCACAAUCAACUCCAAGGCCGCAGCAACCUCAGAAACGUGGAGGCAGAGCUAAUCAAGCUCCUCCAAAGCCUAAGAAAGCCCCUACCACCCAACCAGAAUCUGAAGAAGCAGCAUUGCCCACGUCUUCUAGCUCAUCUUCAAGUGAAAGUGAAGAUAAUGAGGCUACGGGUAAAGCAGUAGGCCCUUCAAAACCUAGGACGACACCAGCCACAGAAACGAAAACAGCGAGUAUCACUCAGAUAAUCCGUUUCAUAUUGUUGCAGAACAGACAAGGCAAGACUCGUCUUGCUAAGUACUAUGUUCCUCUCGAGGAAUCCGAGAAACACAAGGUUGAAUACGAGGUUCAUAGAUUGGUGGUGAAUCGCGACUCAAAGUUCACCAAUUUCGUUGAGUUUAGAACACACAAGGUCAUAUACCGGCGAUACGCUGGCUUGUUUUUCUCCUUGUGUGUCGACAUAACGGACAAUGAGUUGGCUUACCUCGAAUGCAUCCACUUGUUCGUUGAGAUUUUGGACCAUUUCUUCAGCAAUGUUUGUGAGCUUGAUUUGGUGUUCAAUUUCCACAAGGUGUACUUGAUACUCGACGAAUUCAUUCUUGCCGGGGAGCUUCAAGAAACAAGCAAGCGGGCGAUCAUUGAGCGGAUGUCAGAAUUAGAGAAGCUAGAGUGA